UGGGGCUGUAGAGGUGCACUGAGCAGACCUGAUUGCGGUGCUUCCCUCUGCCCACCCAGCCGUCACUCCGCCGUCGGUGUGACCAGCGCCCCCAGGCUGCCCGUGAGGCCGCUUUUCCUCCUCGUCCCAGCACUAGUUACCCUAAAGGCUCCGUUGCUUCUACUGUUUGCUCAAACUCAGUGCAGCGCCGAGUUUUGGUUUGCAGCUUGUAGAUGGAGAGCCUCUGUGCGGACAGAGAGACAAAAUUUGAGUACUGGGGCAGAAGAAUGAUGCUUAGUGAACGGGGGCGGCGAGGGGCCAGGCGGGCCUGGAGUUACUGAUUGAAGACUCUUUGGUGGACUUCUCCAGGAUUCCACUCUCUGUCUUUUCUUGCUAACAAGUAAAUGUAAAUUAGCAGACAUUUGUGUUCGGAGUGCAAGGGAGGUAGAUCUGUCCUGAAGAUCUGCAGAAGGGGGAGGUUUAUUAAAUCGACUGAGACUGAGACCUGCUGUGUAUUGUUUAAGGCUGGAAACACGGAGUGCAGUGCGCACAUCUAUAAUCCGUAGCACUAAAGAGUGUGAUUCGUCUUAUCAUGCAGUAUUUGAAGGAGAACAGUUUACAUCGGGCGUUGGCCACCUUACAGGAGGAGACUACUGUCUCUCUCAAUACUGUGGACAGCAUUGAAAGUUUCGUGGCUGAUAUUAAUAGUGGCCAUUGGGAUACUGUUUUACAGGCUAUACAGUCUCUGAAAUUGCCAGACAAAACCCUUAUUGAUCUCUAUGAACAGGUGGUUCUGGAAUUGAUAGAACUUCGUGAACUGGGUGCUGCCAGGUCAUUGCUGAGACAGACAGACCCCAUGAUUAUGUUGAAGCAAACACAGCCAGAGCGCUACAUUCAUUUGGAAAACCUCUUAGCCAGGUCCUACUUCGAUCCUCGUGAGGCAUAUCCAGAUGGAAGCAGCAAAGAGAAAAGAAGAGCAGCAAUUGCCCAGGCGUUAGCUGGGGAAGUCAGUGUGGUGCCUCCGUCUCGUCUCAUGGCGUUGCUGGGACAGGCGUUGAAGUGGCAGCAGCACCAGGGCUUGCUUCCUCCUGGUAUGACCAUAGAUUUGUUUCGAGGCAAAGCAGCUGUCAAAGACGUGGAAGAAGAAAAGUUUCCCACGCAGCUGAGCAGGCACAUUAAGUUUGGUCAGAAAUCCCAUGUGGAGUGUGCUCGGUUCUCUCCAGACGGUCAGUAUCUGGUCACUGGGUCUGUGGAUGGAUUCAUUGAAGUGUGGAACUUCACUACGGGAAAAAUCAGGAAAGAUCUUAAGUACCAGGCCCAGGAUAACUUCAUGAUGAUGGAUGAUGCUGUCCUCUGCAUGUGUUUCAGCAGAGACACUGAAAUGUUAGCAACUGGGGCCCAAGAUGGAAAGAUUAAGGUAUGGAAGAUUCAGAGUGGACAGUGUUUAAGAAGAUUUGAAAGGGCACAUAGUAAAGGUGUCACCUGUCUGAGCUUUUCAAAGGAUAGCAGUCAGAUCCUUAGUGCGUCUUUUGACCAAACAAUAAGAAUUCAUGGUUUAAAAUCUGGGAAAACACUGAAGGAAUUCCGAGGCCAUUCCUCCUUUGUUAAUGAGGCAACAUUUACACAAGAUGGACAUUACAUCAUCAGUGCGUCUUCUGAUGGCACUGUGAAGAUCUGGAAUAUGAAGACCACGGAAUGUUCAAAUACCUUUAAAUCCUUGGGCAGCACUGCAGGGACAGACAUUACCGUCAAUAGCGUGAUUCUGCUGCCUAAAAACCCAGAGCACUUCGUUGUGUGCAACCGGUCAAACACAGUGGUCAUCAUGAACAUGCAGGGGCAGAUUGUCCGAAGCUUCAGUUCUGGGAAACGAGAAGGUGGUGACUUCGUUUGCUGCGCCCUCUCCCCCCGCGGUGAGUGGAUCUACUGUGUGGGGGAGGACUUCGUGCUCUACUGCUUCAGCACAGUCACUGGCAAGCUGGAGAGAACGCUGACGGUUCACGAGAAGGAUGUGAUUGGAAUUGCACACCACCCACAUCAGAACCUGAUUGCCACCUACAGUGAAGAUGGACUCCUGAAGCUCUGGAAACCCUAAGUCAUCUUACAGUGCAGCCAGGGAACGUGCUUACGUGGAGGAGUGUCCAUGUGCUACUUUUUCAUGUCUGCCUUUGUAAGCAGACACCGUCUGAAUAAGUCACAAGAAUAAUUUUGCUAAAAUUCAUGUUUAAACAGUAGUUAUCAUUUAAAACUUUUUCUUUGAGACAGGGUUUCUCUGUGUAGCCCUGGCUGUCCUGGAACUCACUCUAUAGACCAGGGUGGCCUUGAAUUCACAGAGAUCUGCCUGCCUCUCAAGUGUUGAGAUUAAAGGUGUGAGCACCCACCACCUGGCUUCCAUUUAGAGUGCAUUUCAAAGGCUUUAGUUUAUCUGCUUUUAACUGGGAAGUCAUUUAAUGUUUUCAAUAAUCUUCUACCAAAAGACUUAAAAUACUAUUAUUUCUAGAAGAAAAACAUAUUUGAAAUGCUUAUUAAAACCUGUGUCCUAGCAUAAAAUGUGUAAAUAAGUCACUAUGCCAUAUUCAGUAGCUGGGUUUUUUAAAAAGGAUUUUAAUAAACUUAAUACCUUUCUGAAGACUUUA